GAAGCCGUAGCAGCGGAGUCGAUCACGUUCCACCGAAAGCAGGUCUGUUGACAGUCUACUGAUGACUGCCACUCUCGUCUAACCCAUUGGUCUGGCAUGCCCCCUCCUACCUCCCAGGACGCCUGGCUCGCUGCUCGCCGCUUCGGAGUAGUCAUCGACGCAGGCUCGUCAGGCUCCAGGCUGCAGAUAUACAGCUGGAAGGAUCCCCGCGUCCAGGAUGGAGGGAGGGCGCAGACGUCGCUCCCAGCGGUCGAGAAGGGAACGCAGAACGGGGAGGACUGGUCUGUCAAAGUACAACCUGGUAUCUCUUCCUUCGGCGACAACCCGGCUGGCGUGGCAGGCUACUUGGAACCGCUGCUCGAACAUGCACGUAGCCAUGUCCCACCGUCCUUGCAGCCGUCUACACCUCUCUUCCUCCUCGCCACAGCGGGGAUGCGUCUCCUAACGCCCCAGCAGCAAGCCGAGGUCCUUCGAGCCACCUGCACAUACCUCAAGACGCACUCAAACUUUAGGCUGGACGACCCGUCUCCGUUAGGGCCCUGCGGCUCCAGCGUGCGCAUCAUAUCUGGCGAGGAGGAGGGCCUCUUCGGUUGGAUAGCGGUCAACUACCUUACGGAUGGCUUCUCGGGCGCAGGCGAGCAGCCCCUAACCUAUGGCUUCCUGGACAUGGGCGGCGCCUCGACGCAGAUUGCCUUCGAGCCGAGCACGGUUGAGAGCGACAAGUCCAGUGACAACCUCAUAGACGUCAGGUUGCGCCUGCUGAACGGUAGGGAGGUGCAGCACAAAGUCUUCGUCACAACGUGGUUGGGCUAUGGUACCAACCAAGCGCGCGAGCGGUAUGUCAGCGCAGUCGUGAAUGAUUACCUCUACCACUACCCUUCUGCAUCUCCUUCACAACUCAUCCCGGACCCAUGUCUACCUAAAGACCUUCGACUCACGGAAUCCACGUCGUCUUCCGCGACGUACACCUUAGUAGGGAUGGGCUCCUUCGAUCGAUGUCUCUCCCGGACCCUCCCGCUGCUCAACAAGUCCGCCCCAUGUCCGGACGCUCACUGCCUAUUCAACGGUGUCCCGACGCCGCACAUCGACUUCGCCGCCGCGCACUUUAUCGGCAUCUCCGAGUACUGGUACUCCUCCGAGCACGUGUUCGGGUUGGGCGGUGCGUACGACGUCGUACAGUACGAACGCGCGGCGGAGCAAUUCUGUGGGCGCGACUGGGGAGACAUCGUCCGGAAGCACGAGCGCGACAAGACCCGCUGGGGAGAAGGCAGGCAGACCAUGGGCAUGUGGGGCCCAGAGGUGGAGAUUCCCCGUCUGCAGCUGCAGUGCUUCAAGGCAGCGUGGCUAGUCAACGUUCUACACGAGGGGCUCGGCAUGCCGCGUAUAGUCGACCCUGGGGGUAACAGUACGUCCGGGCAUAACGGUGCACAGGAGGUGGAGAAGGAGGCGGCACGGAAAGGUCUGGGGAGCAAGCGGCCUGCGUUUCAGAGCUUGGAUACUGUGGGAGAUAUCGCCAUUAGCUGGACACUAGGGAAGAUGGUGCUCGAGGCAAGCAAGGAGGUGCCUUUAGCCGGAAAGGGCGAUAGACCUAUUGUCGAUCCUAUGGAAGACCUUCCCGAGGACUCCCACUUACGACCGAAGCCGCCCUUCUGGCGUUUCGACGCCAUCGAGGACCGUCUCUCGGACCAUCUACCUCCGUCCCUGAGCAAAGAGACGUUAGGCUUCUCCCUAGUCGCCUUCCUAUUCUACAUCGCCGUCCUCACGCUCUUGUUCGGCAUGCUCUACCGGAUGCGGCAUCGCAUUCGGAGCACGUACCGUCGAUACACGCGCACGAAAGAGCGGAUGUUCACCCAAGACGGCUACGCCAUGGAAGGCGGCUUCGCCAGUCACCCACGGUCACCCUCUCCCUGGACACCCUCCCCGACCCGGCUAUCUUUCCAGCAAGCCAUCCGCCCGAUCGCGCAGAAGCUCUCCUCGACGCUGGGCAUAAGCACGAGGCCCUCGAGCGUCCGGGUCAAGCUUACCGGGCCGCCCUCCAACCACAACCGAUACUCGCCCACACGGUCCUCCCCUAUCCGCUCCAACUCCUCGCCUUUCCCCUUCUCCCAAACAAAACCCCAGCCCGGCCUCGGCCUUGGUAUGGGUGGAGGCCUCGCCCCGCCUCCGCCGGGCGACGCGAACGGCUCCGCGUCGUCCUUCGCGCCCACGCCCGGCUCGCCGCGCCUCGACGGGUUCGCGGUAUCCGUGUCGAACGGGAGCCUAAGUUCGCUGACGUCGCGCUCGCGCAACUCGUCGCAGAUGAAUUUGAGCAGCGUUGCGGGGAGGGGCGGGAAUGGCAUGGCGCGGACGGCGAGUGGGGGCUACGGACAGAUGGCACGGACUAUGAGUGGCUCGCAUGGACCUGUUGGUAGUUUAUAUUUGGAUGAAUGACUUGACUAGACUGGGGAAGUCAUGCAUGAGCCUGAGCUGUACGAUGUAU